AUGACAGAGCACGAACACUUUGAUGUGGUAGUGGUUGGCGCAGGCAUCUCGAGCCUUUCAGCAGCCAAGGAAUACCUGCAGUGUGCGCCCAAGACGAACCUCUUGAUUCUCAACGACAACAAGACUACUGGAGGUGUUUGGUCAGAAGACAGGACUUAUUCUGGUCUACAGACAAACAACCUUCGAGGCACCCUCGAGCUCCCUGAUCAUCCUUUUGGCGACCAUCUUGGCAUCAAGCAAAUGGAGCAUCCGACUGGCGAAGCAGUGCAUCGGUACCUCCUGGAAUAUGCCGAGAAGUUCAAGAUCAGUCAUCGUGUACGCCAUGAGACUAAAGCUCUCGAUGUACAGAAGCUUGACGGUGGCUGGAAACUGAUGGUUGACAACAAAGGUCGGCAACACAGCAUCACAGCAGACAAGCUCAUAGUCGGUACUGGUCUGCAAUCAAUUCCGCAAUCUUUACGCCUCAAAGGCAAUGCGCCGAUCUUUCAUGCUGGAUUGCUAGUCGAAGCAAGAGCAGUACUAGGUAAAGAUAAUGACGUCCAUCGGGUCACCGUGUGUGGUGCUUCCAAGUAUGGGUGGGACUGCGUGUACAACAUGGCGUCUGCUGGCAAGUAA